GACACAGGUAAAGGGAGAGAGACUGAGUGGAAUACUUGCAGAGCCAGCAGGGAGCCGGGCAGCUCCUUCCCAGACGUUGGGGACCCUCCGCCUCUCCAGAUGGAAAGGUGAUAGGACCUCAUGGUAGACCCCAGAACUGAGGCCCCAGGAUGACAGAACCCGAGACUCUGGCCCUGCUGGAAGUGAAGGGGUCUGAGGCCCUGGAGAAGAGCCCACCCCAGGCCUUGGUCCCCAGUGGCCGGCAGCCAGAAGGGGAAGGUGAGGCUGAGUCCCAUGGAGCUGAGUCCUCCAAGGUGGGGUCUUCAGCUGGGUCUACCACUGCCGGAGAGGGGGCUGAGGAUGGUCUCGACAGCACAGUGAGUGAGGCUGCCACCUUGCCCUGGGGGACUGGCCCCCAGCCCAGUGCCCCAUUCCCAGACCCCCCCGGGUGGCGGGACAUUGAGCCCGAACCCCUCCAGUCAGAGCCACCCACCAAGCUAGAGGAGUUGUCCGAAGAUGAUGCCAACCUGCUGCCCGAGAAGGCGGCCCGAGCCUUCGUGCCCAUCGACCUCCAGUGCAUUGAGCGGCGGCCCCAGGAGGACCCGGCUGUGUGCUGUGAGGCGGGCGAGGGCGAGCGCCGCCGGGACUGCCUGCCGGCCCGGGCCACCCACCCCGAGCCCUGUGAGCGCAAGUGGGCCGAGGCCGUGGUGAGGCCGCCUGGCCACUCCUGCGGGGGCUGUGGGAGCUGCGGAGGCCGUGAGGGGCUGAAGGCCGUGGCCUCGGUGGGAGCCGCCCUCAUUCUCUUCCCCUGCCUGCUAUAUGGGGCCUACGCCUUCCUGCCCUUCGACGCCCCACGGCUGCCUACCAUGAGCUCCCGCCUCAUCUACACGCUGCGCUGCGGGGUCUUUGCCACCUUCCCCAUCAUACUGGGGCUGCUGGUGUAUGGGCUGAGCCUCUUGUGCUUCUCGGCCCUGCGGCCCUUUGGGGAGCCACGGCGGGAGGUGGAGAUCCACCGGCGCUACGUGGCCCAGUCAGUCCAGCUCUUCAUCCUGUACUUCUUCAACCUGGCUGUGCUCUCCACCUACCUGCCCCAAGAGACCCUGAAACUGCUCCCUCUGCUCACUGGUCUCUUUGCCAUCUCCCGGCUGGUGUACUGGCUGACCUUCGCUGUGGGCCGCUCCUUCCGAGGCUUCGGCUACGGCCUCACGUUCCUGCCGCUGCUGUCCAUGCUGGUGUGGAACCUCUAUUACAUGUUCGUGGUGGAGCCCGAGCGCAUGCUCACUGCAGCCGAGAGCCGCCUGGACUACCCCGACCACGCCCGCUCCGCCUUGGACCGCAGGCCUCGGCCCUGGGGCUGAGUACCCACCCCGGCCCUGGUGCCUCGGGGGAUGAGCCCCAGUACUGCCCAACCGUCCCCUGCUCUCCCCCGAGUCCGAGUGGGCCUUUUACCUCGGGAGCCUGGGGCCGUCAGGAGGGAGGGUUUCUUGCAGGGAAAGAGGUGGAUGGCCAUGUCCCUUACGUGUGCUGAGGACGGGGAGCCAGGACAGGGAGCAGCGGUGAGGUUCCUUCCCCAGCAGCGCCCGCGGGACCCACUGCGGCUGGCCUCUGCCCCACCCUCCAGCCUCCUGUGAGCCACAGCCAGACUGACCAUUUCCGUCCCUGGUCUGAGCAGAGGGCCGCAGGGAGACUGGAAAUAUUGCCCAUGCUGAAGAUAAAGGCUGGGCAUCCGAUCGUGCAGGACUUGCACGUUUGGUGGAAACCUUCCUGGGGGCCUGGGUUCAGGACCCUCCACCGCUGGCCCUCGCUGGACCUUCAGCUUCAGUCCAGAUGAUUAAAGCUGCCGUAGCCCAGAGCUGAUACCUCCUCCCUUCCAACCCAGUCAGGCCCGGUAACCUCCCACCUCCAAACUGCUCAGAACACGCCUCUCCCAGGGGAGGAGGUGCGGAGGGGAGGGGAAGCCUGCCUCUGGAGAGGGGUAGGAGUGUGUGUGUGCACGCCCACACACAUGGUGGCUGGGGGUGGCUGCAGGGCACGGUGGCUGAUGUGAACCCCGUGUGAACGUGUGUGUGACAAUAAAUGACCACCACGGUCUUCCUUGGCUCUUCCUUCAUGUU